GAGGAAAAAGGUUUUGAUCACGUGCUUCUGUGACACGCCUCGAUCCGAAGCUUCAGCGGAAAGUCGCGAACGUGCUCGAAGUCAUACGUGACAUCUAGUAGUUGUAGUUCUUAGCAAUUCAAAGACUGGAUUAGACUGUACAGAGAACAACAUAAACAGAAGAAAACAGAGUGACAACGUGAUCGCUAUACGUCGGGAAAAUAAAUAGGGACUGUGUCCACUGUGAGACCGCAUCCCUACUAGACUGGCCUGGGAGCAGAGACAUGAAUGAAGCCGCGAUGGACACGAGCACGCUCUGCCUCUUCGAUGUUGACGGAACCCUUACGGCCGCGAGACAGCAUGUGACUCCAGACAUGGCAGAGUUCCUUCAGAAACUGAGGACUCGAGUUCGAGUUGGAGUGGUAGGAGGGUCAGACCUGAUCAAGAUUAAAGAGCAACUGGGAGAUGAUGUGAUCCAGAAAAUGGACUAUGUGUUUGCUGAGAACGGUCUUGUGGCCUACAAGAAUGGACAGUUACUCUCUGUCCAGUCUAUCCAGGCCCACAUGGGCGAAGAGCUACUGCAAGAUUUUAUCAACUUCUGUCUCAACUACAUGGCCAAGAUCAAACUCCCCAAAAAGAGGGGCACAUUUAUUGAGUUCCGUAACGGCAUGUUGAACGUCUCCCCUAUUGGACGCAGCUGUACACAGGAAGAGAGGAAAGAAUUCUAUGAGCUAGAUCAGAAAGAGAAAAUCCGAGAGAAGUUUGUGUCCGUGUUAAAGGAAGAGUUCAAAGGAAAAGGACUCUCAUUUUCAAUUGGAGGGCAGAUCAGCUUUGACGUGUUUCCUGACGGCUGGGAUAAGAGGUACUGUCUGGACAUUGUUGAGAAGGACAGCUACUCAGCCAUUCACUUCUUUGGAGACAAGACCAAGCCUGGAGGAAACGACUAUGAGAUCUACUGCGACCCACGGACCAUCGGCCACGAAGUCUCGUGUCCAGAGGAAACCCAGCAACUCUGUCAGCAGCUCUUCUUCUCAUAAGAGAGAAACAGCAGCCGCUACUGUAUGUUCACAUUGUUUUUACAUGACAGAGAAGAGAGACUUUUACUAUUCAUCUAUCCUGAGCUGAAUUUGAGGUGUAAUUACAAAGAUAAAGCAGUUCAUGCAGAAGGAGCUGGUGUUAUAAUGAAAUAACAUCUCUGAUGUCAAGGAAGGAAGUGAGGAGAGAGAUUUCUGGGUAUACUGUAUGUUAUUGAAUCAUGUCACGGCUUUAAAUGUGACACUGAAGUCUUUAAAAAUGAUCAGUUAACUUCUUUUUUUAUUGAACUUCUGGUUUGUGUUUUAAGCAUCAGCAGUUUUUAUCCACUUGUAAUUCUGACCAGUCAUGUUUGUGAUUGUGAAAACUCAACUGGAAAUGUG